GUUGACAACGCUGAAAGACGAACGCGAGACAAAAGGGGCGAAGAAAGGCAAAUUUAAUCAAGGAAAAACAUUAAAAAUGUUGAAAGAGUUGGUGAAGGAGCGACUCAUGGCGGCGGCUGAUGAAAUAUUCGCGCUGUUUGAAAGAACCAUCGCGUCGUACGAGGAGGAACUUUCUAGAACACGAGAGAAGGAGCGACAUCGACAACCGGAAGCUGCUAGCAAAACAGUGUUACAUUUCGAAGUGGACUACACAUCAUCCACCUUAAUGUGAACAGCCUCUCUGGAGCCAAACUCGACCAAAUCAGAGAAAUGUUCCUCAACACGAAGAUGUGCAGCAGCUGAUGGGCGCUCAAGAAGAAUGUCCCCCUCAGCUGCAAGGAUGGAUCACAAGCUGGGAGCAGGAGGAUCCACAGCCCCCUCGCAUUAAAGAGGAGAAUGACGAACUCGGGAUCACUCAGGAAGGCGAGUGUCUUCUCGGGUGGAAGGGGGCUGGUCUCACAAAGUCCCCACUGACUGGUGUCCCUGUAAAGACUGAAGAUGACGAAGAGAAACCACCUGAGUCCUCACAGCUUCAUCACAGUCCAAGUGAGGAGAACAGAGGGGCGGAGCCUCCAUGUAGCAGUUUACUACAACACAAGGCAACAGAAAUGGACGGAGACCACUUUGGAGCUCCACUGUCAGAUAGUGACGAUCAAGACAGGGCUGAAGAACGUUUUAGCAGCGAUACAAACUUUGUAGAUGAUUUGACGACUCACACUGACAACAAUCAUUCUAAAUGCUCUGAAAGGAAGACCAAAUAUUGGACCUGCUCGCUUUGUGUCAAAAGCUUUUAUUAUAAAACAGCUUUCGCUCGACACAUGAGAACUCACACAGGGGAAAAACCCUUUGCUUGUUCCGUUUGUGUUCAAAGAUUCUCUCAAAAGCCCCACUUGAUAUCACACAUGAAAACACACACAAGAGAAAAACCCUUUGCUUGUUCAGUUUGCGACAGGAGGUUUACUCUAAAGUCCAACUUGACGGUACACAGCAGAACGCACACCGGGGAGAAACCUUUCACUUGUUUACUUUGCGGUCAAAAAUUUGCUGUUAACGCCACUUUGACUACACACAUGCGACUGCACACAGGUGUGAAACCCUUUGCUUGUCCAGUUUGUGGUAAGACUUUUUCUCAAAGGCCACACCUGAAAUCACACAUGGGAACGCACGCAACAGAAUAAGCCUUUAGUAGUUUAGUUUCCGGUAAAAUAUGGAAUUGAAUUGAAGUAUUUAUUUAGGACAACACACAUUUUUUUUUACAUUUUGGCAGAGACAUUUAUGCAAGGCUUGAAACGGGGUUGGAUGAAGCAGAUGCUUAUAAUAUCCCAACCCCACUCACUCAUUCCACAUUUAACAUAAACAAUAUAAUACAAGAACAAUACUAUACAAACCAAAACAAGAAAACACCUGUACACUAACAAUACAACCACGUUAAACCCAGAUUCCCAUCUAACAAAGGUCUUAACUCGUUCUCCUUCUAUGCCACAUCAAUGUGGAAUGCACUCCCAACAGGUGUAAAAGAAAGGGCAUCUCUAUCCUCCUUCAAAAGCGCACUAAAACAACACCUCCAGGCAACUUCAACCCUUGACUAACACCCUCCCUUCCACAUCCCACCUCCCCGGAUUGUAAAUAAUCCAAUGUAAAUAAUCAAAUGUAUAAACUUGUUCUUAUGCUUUCUGAGCUCACUAUGUUCUCUGCUCGCUGUACAUAUCCUACCAAGUCAGUCAGUUGUUGAUGAGUGAAGUGCUGAUAUCAACCAAACCCUCCUCAUCCCAAAUAGUGUAAAUAAUUCAAUGUAUAUACCGUAAUUUCCGGACUAUAAGCCGCACCUGACUAUAAGCCGCACCAGCUAAAUUUAGGGGAAAAGACAGAUUGCUCCAUAUAUAAGCCGCACCCGACUAUAAGCCGCAGGGUUUUGAUGUGUAAUUAGCGUAGUAUAUAGGGGUUCCUGCUACCACGGAGGGGAUUGUCGGGACAGAGAUGACUGUUUGGGAACGCAAAGCGUCCCAUUUAUUAACAAUAAAUCUUUCAAUCCUUCAAUCAAACUUUCACAUCUUUGACAUGGCGAGCAGCAUUCGUGCAGAGUACAAAUAAUACAACGCUGCAAAGUAAUACAAAGUGCUCGCCUGUACGUUAUCAAAAUAACCAGCCUACCGGUAUAUGAAAAGUCAGUCUUUAAUCAUUGUGUCAUCGUCUUCCUCCCGCGUACUAAAACCACCGGAAUCCUCUUCGUCUGUGUCGGAGAAGAACAGGCCGUAUAUAAGCCGCACCCUUGUAUAAGCCGCAGGGACCAGAACGAGGGGGAAAAGUAGCGGCUUAUAGUCCGGAAAUUACGGUACUCUGAUGAUUAACUUGUGUGAUGACUGUAUUAUGAUGAUAGUAUAUAUCUGUACCGUGAAUGGAUUAACGUGGACCCCGGCUUAAACAAGUUGAAAAACUUAUUGGGGUGUUACCAUUUAGUGGUCAAUUGUACGGAAUAUGUACUGUACUGUGCA